CUUUGCACCACUUGUGCUUAACCCGCUGCGCUACGCCCGACUCCCACUCCUGCCUUUUCUUAACCCAGGUGACCAAAAGGAAACAUCACCCAUCACGAAGGAUUCUUUGUGGGAGAGAAGAGGACAGAGCGAAAUGGAGAGAAGAGGGGAGACAGAGGGGGAGAGAAAGAUAGACACCUGAAGAUCUGCUUCACCACCUGUGAAGUGACUCCCCUGCAGGACAGCUUUCUUCUGAUGGUUUUCAAGAAAACUGCACCAUGAAGUGGGAGAAGAUUCUAGGAAGUAGGUUUCCAAUGCCUCUGGGGAAAAUGGUCCUCUUUGGUGGAGUGAUAACUGGAGGGAGCAGCGCCCUGUUGUACUACCUCUUACAGAAACUACAUUCUAGGUCUUCAUAUUACCAGUUGGCACUGGAGGAACUACGAAACCACUCUGGGGCACUAGAAGUUCUGGGCACACCUCUCAAUGUCCACUAUCUCCAGCUCACUGACAGGGAUAACUUCGUGGACAUUGCUGAUGCCAAGUUGAAGAUUCCUGUCUCGGGACCCAAGGCAGAGGGCCACCUCUAUGUCAGGUCAUUCAGAGCUGCUCCCUUUACAAGGUGGCACCUUCAGGAGGUCUUCUUACAGCUCAAAGAUGGUCGGCAGAUUCCUGUGUUCAAGCUCAAUGGGGAGACUGAAGUGAAAACAGCCUAACGGUGAUCAGAAGACCCAUCUUUCUCCAGGCAUGGCCUCCCCCUCACCACUGGACCCCCUGGCAGCCCAUGAGCUUUCCAAGCACUGGGGACACAGGAUGACAGCAGGUCUUGGCAUAUGGUCAUUUUGGUAUAAUUCUAAUCUGUGAGUUAAUGUCAUCAGAAUGCAGUCUUUACUAUUUAUAAGAAUGUAUUUACAUGUUCUCUGAAUAAAAGCAAAGUACAGAAUAAAAGGAA